UAUACCUGCUUUUCAGACACAAUCACAAUGUCCACAUCACUGCCAGGAAAUCGGGAUUUACCCGCUUCGCAGUAUGACCUCUCGAAGUACCUGGGACGUGUUCGUCAAUGCGCAGACCUAUCAGAUCCUAGAACGUUGUUCACAUCGAGCGCCGGACUGCAAAAUGCCCAAGACCUUCUCAGGAAGUACAGGUCGGGCCAAAUCCAGAACAUGAGCCCAGAAUUGUGGCAGGCUAAGAAGAUAGUCGAUUCAACCUUGCAUCCCGAUACAGGAGAGCCAGUGCUUCUACCCUUCCGCAUGUCGUGCUAUGUCUUCUCCAAUCUGAUAGUUACCGCGGGGAUGCUUAUUCCAGGGAUGAGGUGGAAAGGCACCUUGGCCUGGCAAAUUGCCAACCAGUCUUUGAAUGUGGCCAUUAACAGUGCGAACGCGAACAAAUCCACCCCUCUUUCCACGGCGGGAAUGAUCAAAUCGUACCUCAUGGCGGUAUCUGCUUCUUGCUCGGUCGCACUCGGGCUGAAUUCCAUCGUUCCGAGAUUAAAGUCGGUUUCGCCGAAUACAAAACUGAUUCUAGGACGCCUCGUCCCAUUCGCAGCUGUUGCCAGUGCUGGUGCGCUGAACGUGUUCCUCAUGCGCGGUGAGGAAAUUAGACAAGGAAUCGAUGUCUACUCAUUCACAUCAGCAGGAAGUGAAGAGGCGGAUACGGGAAAGAAGGUGCCAGCAACAAGCCUGGGAAAGAGCCAGAAGGCUGCAACUAUCGCGGUAGGGGAGACGGCCAUUAGUCGCGUUGUCACUUCGACGCCGGUUAUGGUCAUCCCGCCUCUCCUUCUUCUGCGCUUCCAGAAGGCGGAGUUGCUGAAGAAGCGUCCAUACCUUACGAUGCCUAUCAAUAUAGGGUUGGUGUUCUUGACGUCUGCCUUCGCCCUCCCGUUCGCCUUGGGCGUGUUCCCACAGAGGUUGGUAAUGAGCUCCGAUCGUUUGGAAGAAAAGUUUCAUGGAAGAGGAGGUGAAAACGGACAAGUGGUAUUCAAUCGUGGCAUCUGA